AUGUACAUUAAAGAAGAAAUUCUCGUUGUAGUUGUGCCACAGCCACAAACGAAGAAUAAUGCUUACGAAGCUCAAAGCCACAUGUUUCUAAAAGAACAACCAACAUCUGUUUAUUUGCAGACAAAUGAUUUGAAUGCUGUUCAUGUUGGCUGUAAAUUUUCCUGUCGAUUUACACUAAAUGAGGUUGAAGAUCGUUGGUUUGCUUUGCUUUAUGAUCCAGUUGCAUUAAGGUUGGCAUCUUAUGGCAUGAAACAGUUGCCAUGUGAUAUUGUUCAACAAAUUCAAAGUAAUACAUUAUGGAGCAAAGAAGAAGAAGAUUUAUUAGCUAAGACAUCUGCUACAACUACUGCUAAUGUGCAGUAUUUUCAAAAAUUGCUUGAGGACAAUACAGCAACAUUUCAUCAGUAUAGAACAGCAAAAUCCGUCAUGCAACAUUGGCUUCAAAUGAAACAUUACCAACUUCUUGAUGAUCAGACAGUACUGGCAUUGGGCAGUGCCACGGCAACUUUCUCUGAUUUUGAAGAACAAGGAAAAGAAAUGACUGAUGAAGUUUUGGAACAUGAAUUAAAUAUUUCUGAUCGUCGGGCUAAACGAGAAACUCGUCAGCUGGAAGAAGAAAUACCACGAUGGCAGGCAAUUGUUGACUCUUUAAAUGAAUCUGGAACAGCUCCCACUGAAUUUGAUUCACAAACUUUGGCAGUCUUAAGAGGAAGGCUUGUACGAUAUUUAAUGCGUUCAAGAGAGAUUAUUGUUAGCAGAUCUACGAAAGACCAUAAUGUUGAUGUGAAUUUAUCAUUGGAGGGUCCUGCUGGAAAAGUUUCUCGAAAACAGGCCGUGAUUCGUUUGAAAACAGAUGGAGAAUAUUAUAUUAUGAACGAAGGUAGACGUCCUAUUUUCAUUGAUGGUAAACCUGUUUUAACAGACAUCAAGGCGAAGCUUCAUCACAAUUCGACAUUUGAGGUGACUUUAUUGGUAUAUGAAGUAAAUGGUUUGAACACGGGAAUAUUGUUACACGUUUGUGGGUGUAGAUUGUCCAGAGAAGUUAUCAGAAGUCCAACAAGUUUUAAGACAAGCUGCUGGUAA